AAAAAAUUAUUGGUACAUAAUGCAUGACAAAAAAAAUGAUAGUAGAAUUUUUCAAUAAACAUAAAAUAAUAUACCAUCCUUGAUAAAUUUAAAAAUUAUUUAUUCUGAUUUUGAUAUAAGUGUUAAUGUAUUAUGAAUUAUUGUUGUCAGGACCGUUUCGAGGGUGGUGUUGGGGUGAAGGGGGUGGGCCAUCCGCACGGCUUUUAUAGUUGGGCCCAGUUGUCUCAAUGGUUCAUCAAUCCAUUGAGUCUGCAAUUUUAAUAAAUAAUAAUAUUCAAUAAUUAUGAGGGUAAUACUAAUAUUAGUAAUAUUUAUAUAAUAAGUAUAUAAUUAAUAAUUUAUAUUAAACAAUCAAAUUAUGAGUUUAAAUAUUUUAGUAUGAAAAUAAACAUUACAACUUUAUUUAUAAUUUAAUAAGAAUAUCAUAAUUCAUAAUAACUAUUGACUGAUAAGUAAAAAUAAUAAUGAAAUGACGAUGAAAUAUUGUCGUUCCAUGAGAACGUGGUUGCUGCUCGAUAACAUGUUAUAAAUAGAUCUGAUGUACAAAGUACAAAUCGUCAUCUUACCGUCUGUAUAACCAGUGGUACGACACUACCUAUCUUCACAUAUUAAAUAAAUGGGUGACUUUGGAUGACUCCAAGUGUCGCCAGCAGUACAACACUCUCUAUCAUUGUGUGUUAAAUAAAUGGGUGACCUUGAGUGCAUCUAGCACGGCUAUAGUAUAUAACCGUACAUAACCGUGGUAUAGGCUAUUAGUUGUAAUAUAAAAUAUUACUAAACAUGUUGUUUAUUGUAAAACAAAACCGGUACCUACUUCAAGGCGGAGACUCCAGUAAUUCGAUCAUAACUUCCCGGCCGCGCCUCCACUAUGUUAUCACACAACAGAGUGUCGUUUCUUGUUUUUGGUAUACCGUAUCGCGAUCACCACCGUAUUGCUUGUCGCUAGUUAAUAUCAUUGUUAUUCGCUACUUCACGUCUUCAUAGAUAAAAUCACAAAACAGUUCAAUAGUUGUACACUGUCCUUGUUGAAACAUACACAUUUUUCAAGUUUUUCCGUCUAUUAUUUGAUAUUUACACUUUAUAUAUUUAAAAUUACGAGUGCUACAAUUAAUGUUAAAAGUAAGAGAAAACGUGUUAAAGUCGAGUGCUUACAACGUGGCAGUAGAUUUAAUGAUGAUUUUAAGAAAAAACACUUAGAGAAUUUACCUAAUGGUAAUCGUGUAAAUGUGAAACAUGUUGGCACUCCUAAAAAAACUUAAAACCCCAUUUGAAAGUGUAGCUGAAACUUCACAACAUUUAUCCAAACAGAUUAAACUGCAUAAUAUUAUUCCUUUUAUACAACGUCAAUUAAGAAAUUUUGCAAUGUUAUUCAGCCUGAUGCAAGGUAAUUCUGAAGGAAUGGAGGAAUCUGAAACAGACGAGUUUAUACAACUUAAAUUAAGAGAUUUUGCAAUGUUAUUCAGCCUGAUACAAGGUAAAUCUGAACGAAUGGAAGAAUCUGAAUUAGACAAGGUAAGUAAUAAAAAUUCUAUGAAUAUAUAAAAAAUUAUUGGUACAUAAUGCAUGGCAAAAAAUAUUGAGAGUAGAAUUUUUCAAAAAAACAUAAAAUAAUAUACCAUCCUUGAUAAAUUUUAAAAUAUAAAAAUUAUUUUUUCUGAUUUUGCUAUAAGUGUUAAUAUAUUAUGUAUUAUUUUUGUCAGGACCGUAUCGAGGGGGAUGUUGGGGUUAAGGGGGUGGGUCAUCCGCACGGCUUUUAUAGUUGGGUCCAGUUGUCUCAAUGGUUCAUCAAUCCAUUGAGUCUGCAAUUUUAAUAAAUAAUAAUAUUCAAUUAUUAUGAGGGUAAUACCAUAGACCUAUUAACUCAUGGACGGCGCAUAGAGAGAGAAUACACAAUUCAACAUCGAGUGAGAGAGAAAGACCGAUACUCGGGAAUCAAUGGAAGAAAAUCUCAAAAUGUUUCGUUCUUUUAUGAAAUAUGAAAUAUUUAUUAUCUAAGAUAAUAGGUUUAUGUUUUAUUUUGAUUUUUAUAUUAAUAUUUACA